AUGACUAAGUUACCACUACUGUAUUUCAUUCUACAAGUGCCGUUCUUGGCAUGUGUCGACAUAUGUCAUUAUUGCCGCUGUGAUCGACAUUCUAGUACUAUCAGUUGUACGGGAUAUAACAUUUUGUUACGAUCGGUAAUUGCACCGCACUGGGCCAAGAUUCUCUAUUUCCACCAUAUGUCUAUGCGACAUUUGCCUCAUUUUGCUCAAAAUGAAAAUAUCAAAAUUCUUCGGAUUAAUUUCUGUGGUUUGACACAUAUUCAUUCGCUGUCGCUUACCUCACUGCCAAAUCUGGAAACUCUGCACCUUUCUGAUAAUCGGUUAACGGAUUUACCUUCGGAAUGUUUCUUUGAACUUACCAAGUUGCGGAUCAUAAAUCUGGCAAGAAACCUGAUUCGUGACCUAAAUCUAAUCAAUGAAAUGCUUCCAAGAAGUCAUAUUCUGGAGCGAUUUAGUAUAGAUGGUAAUCCAAUACAAAUUAGUUCUAUUAGUACUCAGUUUCCUUUAGCUCGACAGUUGCAUCUUUCGGAUACAAAUAUGGAAACAAUUAACGAUUCUACCAUAACUUUUCUGCCCAGUAUCGGAUGCAAUGUAUCAGAGACACUUUGUCGCAGUAUGCACAUUUCGAACCAGCAAUGGUUCAUUCUGCGUUCGUUAGAUUUAUCAUCUCAGGAAGAGCUUUCAAUUCACCCAUCGCUCCUUCCAGUUAUCAGUAAUGUUAGCGUGCUAAAUCUCAGGACAACCAAACUUCCUGACUCUUUUCCUGAUUGGCUUCAGAUUUCUAGUCGUGUCCGACAUCUAAGUAUACCAUUUACCGUCCUUCCAAAUGCAAAUUAUUCUUGGGAAUGGUGUAGUCAGUAUCUGGAAUGGCUUGACAUAUCUCAUCUUAAUUUACGCACUCUUAUUAUUCCAAGACAUUGCAAGAUUCGUUAUUUAAAAGCGAACGAUAAUCAUUUGGAUAAGGUUUUCAUUCGUGCUAAUUCGUUGGAAACCUUAUUUUUAGAACGGAACAAUUUGUCUUCUUGGAUUGUACCUCCACCUGGUACUACCUUUAAUCAUAUGUUGACACUUUCCUUGUCCUUCAAUAGAAUACCUUAUUUACCCAAAAAUGCUUUGGCUUAUUAUCCACAACUUCAGCACCUCGAUAUUUCUCAAAAUGUUUUGGCAAACUUGUCUACUCAAUCAUUUCCAAUAAUUGGAAUGCAAAUUCGCUCCAUCAACAUGUCCCACAACAAACUCUCUCGAUUCGUGCACCCGAUAUUGCCGUCACUACUUCUUCUUGACCUAUCUAAUAAUGCUCUUCAAGAUUGUAAUCUAGAAUGGCAGCCAGAUCUUUCUAGUUUUCAAGCAAUGCGUAAACUUGAUUUAUCUAGAAAUCGAUUAUCAUCUCUAGACGGAACCUUAUUACCUCGUAAUCUAUACUUCUUGGAUGUAAGUGAAAAUCUUAUCCAUUACUUAUUCAAUGAUACCUGUAUGAAGAACAGUGAACUUCGUGAAAUGGAUAUAUCACGAAAUCCACUUAUUUGUCACUGCACAUUGUUGCAAAUCAUCCAAUGGAUCCCAAAUGACACAUAUUCUACCUCAACUAAUGAUUUAUAUUACUGCUUUUCCGGGAGUUGGCAAUAUCCUCUGCGAAACUAUUUAGAUAGUGCAACUGCAUGUCUUUCGACUAGAUCUGUUCGGUUCCCAGCAUUAUUUACAAUAAUUUGCUGUAUCCUUGCCAUCACCAUCAUCCUUGCAAUUUUCAUCUUCGUUGCAAACAGCAACAGAAUGUCACAUUGUGGCGAAUGCUUAUUAUUUGCUUAUAAACCACUCCGUACAAGUGAUACAUCACUUGCCGUUCAGAUUUGA